CGGGGCCAUUAGGGUAUAACACCCCUCCGCCUCGCCCCACUCUCGGUUCCAUCUUUUUGCGUUUGCGUGCCGCUCACCCCCCCCCCCCCCCCCCCCCCGUCGAGUCCUCCACCGUCCCGUUAUGCCCGGCGAUCGCCCGCCGAAAACGGAAGUUGCCUCGACUGCCUGAACCCGGUACCACCCUUCCGCUUCCGGCGGCACCGCUAGUCAUGGCGCUCUUCGAGCAGAUGCGGGCUAACGUGGGCAAACUGCUGCGGGGCAUCGACCGGUACAACCCCGAGAUCCUGGCCACGCUGGAGCGCUACGUGGAGAUGCAGGCCAAGGAGAAUGCCUACGACCUGGAGGCCAACCUGGCUGUGCUGAAGCUGUACCAGUUCAACCCCGCCUUCUUCCAGACCACCGUCACCGCCCAAAUCCUGCUGAAGGCCCUGACCAACCUCCCGCACACCGACUUCACCCUCUGCAAGUGCAUGAUCGACCAGGCCCACCAGGAGGAAAGGCCCAUCAGGCAGAUCCUCUACCUGGGGGAGCUGCUGGAGACCUGCCACUUCCAGUCCUUCUGGCAAGCUCUGGAUGAGAACAUGGAGCUGCUGGAUGGGAUCACCGGCUUCGAGGACUCCGUGAGGAAAUUCAUCUGCCACGUGGUGGGGAUCACCUACCAGCACAUCGACCGCUCUGAGAUGUUGGGGGACCUCUCGGAGGCUCAGCUGAAGGUUUGGAUGAGCAAAUACGGGUGGACAGAACCGGAGCCCGGGCGGAUCUUCAUCUGCAACCAGGAGGAGAGCAUCAAACCCAAGAACAUCGUGGAGAAGAUCGACUUUGACAGCGUCUCCAGCAUCAUGGCAUCCUCCCUCUGAGCCCCUCGUUUUUACCGUCCUGUCCCCCCCGUUUUAACUUCGGGCUCUGCCAGUAAAGGAGAAGUCUCCA